GAGUUUUUUUAAAGACUCCGAUUACGUCACACCAGAUGUUCCCGCGCUGACAGCAAUUAUAGCGGCCAGUAGACGCAUUUUCCAUGAAUUCUAGGCUAGUGCCAAUGCCGCUUCGAGAACUGGUUUCCCUAGUCUUCCCAGAGCGAUCUAUAAAACAGCCGUGUUCACUGGUGAACUGUGUCCACUAACAAACCUAAAGCUGUCGCAUACGCAAUGAAUCACUUAAGACUGGAGAUCAUCUGCUGGAGCUGCGUGCUCAUUAUUAUGGCUGCUAGGACGGAAGCGGCUUCGGUUUGGAAGCUACCCACCGCGGAAAUGGUCUACGAGGAUCUGGAAAGGUGUCGCCAGGCGGGCCAGGAAGAGGACGCAGCCACACUGAGGUGUUUGGUGAAGAAACUGGGACUGUGGACGGAUGAGAGUGGCUACAAUGGCAGGCGGAUAGCGAAGAUCUUUGCAGGGCACAACCAGAUGGAGGAACUGAUGCUGGUGGUGGAGUACUGCAACCGGAAGGAGCGGGACACGGGCCACCUGGAUGACUGGGCCUUCCUGGCCUACAGGUGCGCCACUUCCGGCCAGUUUGGCCAUUGGGUCAAGGACUUUAUGAGUCAAAAGGAAGUGGAACCAUGAAAUACAAGUGUGA